GGCCGUCAUCGUUUCACGAACAAUGAUAUGCGUCAGCUGUCAAAGCCUACAAAUACCUAUUGUUGCCCUUCUUAUCAUUUUUGUAAUUAAUUUAUAUUAAACGUCGUGCCGCAUACCAUGUUUACGGCGAUAAAGUAGUGUUUACGUUUUUGUAUCGGUUGCAAACGGUAAAUACCCUCAGGCACAUGACUAGCUCUUUAUAGAGGAGCAAACAUGUUGCUAGUCCACACGUGUUUAUUUGUGUUAUUUGCUCUAUUUAUUGAUAACUGUGCGCCACGAUCUAUAGAGGAGAAUGAGGAGCCAUUCCUAGUGUCCCCAAAAUAUACCAGUUACAAAGAUUUAGUGAAGUUAACCAGUGAAUUGGAGAAGACGUAUCCGGACCUGAUUAAGUCGUACUCAAUUGGGAAGUCGGUGCAAGGGCGAGAGCUGUUGGUUCUGCAGUUAAGUGAGGAUGUGCAAACUCCUCAUUAUGAGCGACCUUCGGUGAAGUAUGUGGCGAACAUGCAUGGUGAUGAGUCGGUGGGGCGGCAGCUGACGAUAUACUUGGCGGAGUACUUGUUAGACAAUUAUGGCAAAGACGACAGAGUGACGAGGAUGCUGAACACAACAGAUAUACACCUGAUGCCGUCAUUAAACCCUGAUGGAUUUGAGAGCAGUGAGGAAAGCAACUGCGAGUCCCUCAAAGAGUACCUAGGCCGCAACAACGCUAAAGGCAUAGACUUAAACAGGGACUUCCCCGAUCAGUUCGACAAAGACAAGUCUAAUGAUGACGAGUAUUUGUACGGAGGCCGGCAGCCCGAGACGGUGGCGCUCAUGCGAUGGGUGACCGGCAAACAGUUUGUGCUCUCGGGGAACCUGCAUGGUGGAGCGGUAGUGGCUAGUUAUCCGUAUGAUGAUUCUAUUACCGGCAAGGAGUGCUGCGAAGAGAGUCGGUCACCCGACGACUCUUUAUUCAAGCACUUGGCAAAUGUAUAUGCUUCUCGUAACGAGGAGAUGCGUGCCGGCGACACGUGCCCGCCUGAGAACUUCGAGGGAGGACUCACUAACGGAGCACACUGGUAUUCUGUACAAGGAGGCAUGCAAGACUUCAACUACGUCCACUCCAACUGUUUCGAGGUGACCUUCGAGCUGUCUUGCUGCAAGUACCCACCUGCCGAGGAGUUGCCGAAGUACUGGCAGCUGAACAAGGAGUCACUCCUGUCUUUUAUUGAGCAGUCCCAUAUUGGAGUCACUGGGGUCGUGCUUGAUGAGGCUGGGGAGCCUGUGAAGAAUGCACAAAUCAAAGUGGAGGGUAACGACCACGUGGUCCGCACUACAGACCACGGCUACUACUGGCGAAUGCUGCUGCCGGGACAGUAUAAUAUCACAGCCGUUGCUUCUGGCUACUCAAUCCCCCCCUACACGUUAAUCACAAUACCAGAGAACCAGACAUCUCCCGUCACCUUCAACAUGACAGUCCACCGACACCCUCGCUCCUUAACCGCGGUGCAUAAAAGGCGCGCUCGUCACGACAUCGACGGUAUUUCCGCAGUCGACUUCAGCCACCACGACUAUGCUAAGAUGGAGAGCUUCCUCAAGACUUUGAAUGAGGCGUACCCGGAGAUCACUAAGUUAACCAGCAUUGGGAAGUCGGUGGAAGGCAGGGAGUUGUAUGUACUUGAGGUGACGAAGGACCCUGGAGUGCAUAAGCCUGGCAAGCCAGAAUUCAAGUACGUAGCCAACAUGCACGGCAACGAAGUAAUAGGUCGGGAACUGCUCCUUCUUCUCGCCAAGUAUCUGUGCCAGGAGUACAUCAGCGGCAACGGGCGGAUACAGACCAUGUUGAAUACCACCAGGAUACAUCUGCUGCCUAGUAUGAACCCUGAUGGGUAUGAGAAGGCUCAGAUUGGUGAUUACAGCAGUCUGACAGGCAGAAGUAACGCUCAUGAUGUAGAUCUGAACAGGAACUUCCCCGAUCAGUUCGGCGAGACUAGGGACAACAAAAUCCCCGAGCCAGAAACGCGCGCAGUUAUGAACUGGUCACUUUCCGAGCCAUUCGUUCUCUCAGCCAACCUUCAUGGAGGAGCACUAGUCGCCAACUAUCCCUACGAUGGCAACCCUGCCAUGGUCAGCGGCCACGAGUAUCUCACGCCUGACAACCCUGUGUUCUUACAUCUCGCACAUACUUAUUCUGAUGCUCAUCACAAAAUGCACUUGGGACAGCCAUGCAAGAACUUGCCUAGCGAGAGGUUCCCCGAGGGCAUCACUAAUGGUGCUAAAUGGUACGUGCUAGCGGGCGGUAUGCAGGACUGGAACUACUUAUACACCAACGACAUGGAGAUCACGCUGGAACUCGGCUGCUACAAGUUCCCUCCGGCCAGUGACCUACCUUCCUACUGGGAGGAUAAUAAGGAAGCUUUGCUCAAGUUUAUUGAACAGGUCCACACCGGAGUGAACGGGUUCGUGCACAGCCACAUCGGACACCCGCUAGUGAACGCCAGCAUCAAGGUGCACGGCGUGAUGCACGGCGUCCGCACCGCGCAGUACGGCGACUACUGGAGGCUGCUGGAGCCUGGCACUUACAAUAUCACUGCUAUGAAGCACGGCUACGAGAGCAUUACUGAACAAGUGACAGUACCCGAGAAGGGUUCAGUGAGCAUGAACUUCACUCUAAUGGCCGACGAUCCCCAACACUGGUCUUCAGCCUACGACUUCCGCGUACUAGACAACAUAAUAAACACCCGGUACCACACUCGGCUGGAGAUGUACUCAGCGCUGUCGGAGCUCGAGAACCGGUUCCCCAACAUCGCCGAGUUCCGCGCCGGAGACAGCAUGCUCACCUCCACCUUCCAUCAGCUCAAGAUGACGGACGAGGUCGGCUCCCCAGAAGAAACCAAAUUCCACAUCGCCAUCUGCAGCAGUUUCUAUGGCUCUCAACCCUUAGGCCAAGAAAUGUUACUCAACUUCGCUCGUCACAUCGGCACGGCCUACACUAUCGGAGAGCCCGUACACAAACGCCUUUUACAAAACGCUGUCCUACACUUCAUACCAAACAUAGACCCUCUAUCAGAUAAAAUAGUUAAACAAUACGAUGGCAAUGAUAAGUGUGAUGUUGCUCCCUUAGAAGAAGAAUUCGGAGACAGUUUAUACAGUUACCUAACUAAAAAAGAUUUAAAUCCACUCUCAAAUUACACUCGAGAGAAAUCUUUUAUCAACAUGUUGGAAGCAGAAAAAUAUGAUUUAAUUCUAGAACUUUCUUCUGGUUCUGAGGAUAUUUCUUAUCCAGAGUUAUCGAAGAAUUUGUAUGAGAAGUUUGCUCAGGUGUACCAGGAUAGCAGAAAUCCGAAUGAUAAGUACCAGUGUAAGGGCAAUGGAGUGAAGCAUGGAGACUUAAUAGAUGUGUUAUGUGAGAGAUAUAAUACUCCUGUGAUCUCUGCGGGGCUUAGUUGUUGUAAGAUGCCGGUGGAGAGCGAAAUAGCGUGGGUUUGGAGAAAUAAUCUGAGAGGAAUUAUGAAGUUCAUUGAACGGGCUAAUACUGGUGUUGUGGGCUUCAUAAAGAACGAAGAAGGCAUGCCGAUGCGAGAAGCCAUUGUGGCCGUCACGGGCAUCGAACGCCAGUACCGUGUAACUCGCAACCUCGCUCACUACCGACUUAUGUUGCCGCCUGGAGUGUACCGUGUUAUUGUGCGCUGUCAUAACUAUCAUGAUCAGUCGCUAGUAUGGACGGUAGUAGAAGGUGUUCUGAAGAGUAAAGACAUUAUAAUGCGCCGUAUCAACUCUGACACGAUUCCUGGAGGACAGUUCACUGAAGUCAAAGUGGACGACAACCCUAAUGUUGUUUAUGUCACUGGUUUAACCCUCGACCGCAACAGCAACCCUCUACCCUCAGCAUCAGUUAUUAUUCGUCCUCUAAACGGCAAGACGCCUAUAGUCACAAACGCGAGCGACGCCACGGGGCGGUACAUACUCACUCUACCGUUGGAGUAUAAAGCUAAAGAGGUCGUAGCCAGCGCCUCUGUGGACGGAUAUAUUACUAAACAGAAGCAUAUUGUGAUAAAUGGCAAAGAGAACUUGACACCUAACGUGUUAUUUAAACUGGAGAGUGAUGACUACGUACUGGGCAUGCCGCGUCUAGUCUUCGUCAUGCUGGCAGGAGUGAUCGGCGUAGCAGUGGUGACGAUAUCGGCGUGGUGCUUCAGCUGCCGCGAGCGAGCGAAGGACUCACGCCGACAGUAUCUGUUCACGCAAAUACCUAGUGACGAUAAACGACCGCUGUGUGAUGAAGUUAGCUCUUACGACAUAGUCCGCAAGCCCUACUUCGAUGAAGAAGACCUACCCCCCUCGGAAACGGACUCUGAAGAAGAAAUAGUUCUCCUCAGGAACGAUAGAGAGUGGAAACAGGUGGACCAGGAGUAACUUAAAUAAAUUAGCAUAUACGCCGAUGAUACUUUUGUCCAGUAGUAGAACGAAAUACUGUUAUAUAGGGUGACUGGUGACCACUUAUUGAGCAAAAAAACGAGCACAAAGUUAAAAAUUGGAACAGCUUUUAUAUCAAUGUCAUAAUACUAAUGAAAAUAAAAAAUAAGUUCCUUUGGGAAAGUUAUUUUUAAACAUGGGUAAUCACGUGUUCAAGCAUCGGUCAAUAAUAACCAGUCACCCUAAAUAACAGACGUAUACUAGAGAGAGAAAGUGAAUAAAGGUAUCAUCGCGGAAUAUGUCAGAUUAGUGUCUGCACUGUGGUGCAUAGAAUUAAGUCUACAUUCAUUUAUUUAUCCAAGUUAGGUUCAAAUACGCCGAAGCGCUUCGUGAAAUGGUAGGUUUGCUUGGUUCAUCUUGGCGGGGCACUACCGUGCUCCCCGAUAAAAAAUAUGGUUCUCCUUGAAUCUAUCCACCACAGUGAUAUAUUAUCGAAUAAAUGUUUCUUUUUUCAGUAGAAUAAAUGUUUCAUUUUUCAGAAACUAACCAAUGUCAAACGAAUAUUUUGCCGAACUGACUAAUUUAUUUCAGGAUUUCACUAAUCGAUUUAAAUAAAUGUAAUAUAAAAGUAGCUUUACGUACAAUCAUAAUGAUAAAAGAAAUAUUUACAGUAGAAAAUGAUAUUUUUUACUUAUUACUAACUUAGAUGGUUGUUAUUUUAAAUGUUGUUAUUAAUCGGAAAUGUAUUUUAAUAAUAUUUAUAUGAAUUUAAUUAAUUGGAAAGAUCUCUAGAUUACAUCAUUUUUCUACUAUCAGUAUUAAAAUUUACAAUUUAAAUCCUUCCAGAUAUUGGCUCACAUACAUUCCUAUGCAAGAUUAAUCCUUAACUCUUAUUGAAUAAGGAUCAUUUUUGUACAACAGUUAUUUAAAUAUAUAUCUUCAGAAAUGUGCUAGAUAAUAAUUUAA